AAAUGAAAAGUUAGUAUUACCCAGUCGUUGCUCUACAUUUUACAUACUUCUGGAAGUACUUGCAGGAAUAUAUGGAAUUCAGACGAGGACUUCAUUUUGGUCUGAGUUACUGAUAUGGGGAAUCGAUAACGAACACCUUUGUGGUCACCGGCCAGAGAUAAUAAAGACUAAUUACUAGAGGAAAAUUGAAAAUGCCGUCCCGUAGUGAGGAUAUCCUCAAAGGUUUUCAAAUUAAUUGGAUGAACCUUCGUGAUGCUGAUAGUGGCAAAAUUUUAUGGCAGGGCAAUGAGGAUCUCUCGAUACCAGACGUUGAACAUGAAGCUAGAGUGCCGAAGAAGAUUUUGAGAUGUCGAGCUGUUUCGAGAGAAAUUAAUUUCAGUUCUGCUGAACCUAUGGAGAGGUUUCGAUUAGAACAGAAGGUUCUGUUCAAGGGUCGUUACCUUGAAGAAUGGUUCUUUGAGUUUGGAUUUGUUAUUCCAAAUAGUACAAAUACCUGGCAAAGUUUAAUUGAAGCUGCACCUGAAAGUCAAAUGAUGCCUGCCAAUGUGCUGAAUGGCAAUGUAGUAAUAGAAACAAAAUUCUUCGACGAUGAUCUUCUUGUCUCUACAAGUCGGGUUCGUCUCUUUUAUGUCUAAGAUGGUCUAUGUUUUUGCUUAUCAUCCAGCAGCGAUCUGGGACCAAAUAUUUUAAGCACGAUGAUGGUACGGAGCUGACGGUUCGAUUGGCAAGUCCAAAUCACAUUGUCCUAUUACCGUUAUUAUUAUUUAUUUGUAAUACUGCAUUUAUCACAAACGCGAUUUACAACUUGCCUCCAAUUAGCUAUUCCUUACUAAAGUAGAUCGUAGUAGAGGUGAAUGCACUCAUUGAAUGGUAUUAGUUAUUUAUAUCAAUACCGAGUCGUGAGGUCUGUAUUAUCAAAACACUUACAUUUCAUUUUAAGACGUAGGUACUUAUACAAUGAAGUAUUACAAACAUUUUUGUAUACCAUAAUAACACACUGAGCAAUAAACAGUAUACAUAUAUA